GCCCUCUCCCUGGAGCAGGGGCUGCAAAGGCUCGGGCGCGCCGCCUUUUCCGCGGUCCCGGCUCGUGGCCGAGCCGCAGCAGCCGCCGGCUCUGCCUGCCGCAGCCCAGCGGGCUCCUAGGUACGCGGGCGCGUCCCCGAGAAAGGCCGCCGCCGCUGCCGCGGAUACUUUCUCUGCUGCGAGAAUGUAAGAUGGAUCCAGAAGAACAGGAACUAUUAAAUGACUACAGAUACAGAAAUUACUCUUCAGUGGUCGAAAAGGCCUUAAGAAAUUUUGAGUCCUCGAGUGAAUGGGCCGAUCUCAUAUCUUCACUGGGCAAGCUCAACAAGGCCCUUCAGAGUAACCUAAGGUAUUCCUUGUUACCAAGACGGCUCGUUAUCAGCAAGAGGUUAGCUCAGUGCCUGCAUCCUGCUCUGCCCAGUGGUGUGCACUUAAAAGCUCUGGAAACCUAUGAGAUUAUUUUUAAAAUUGUGGGGACCAAAUGGCUGGCCAAGGAUUUGUUCCUGUACAGCUGUGGGCUGUUUCCUUUGCUGGCGAACGCGGCCAUGUCGGUGAGGCCCGUGCUGCUCGGCCUGUACGAGAAGUACUUCCUCCCGCUGCAGAAGCUGCUCCUGCCCAGUCUCCAGGCUUUCGUCAUCGGCCUGCUGCCCGGCCUUGAGGAGGGCUCGGAGAUCUACGACAGAACAGACACUCUGCUCCUAAGACUGUCCCUGGUGGUCGGCAAAGAGGUGUUUUACGCGGCCCUUUGGGGCAGUGUCCUGGUGAGCCCGGCCGUCCGCCUGCCCGCCUCGCUCUUCGUGGUGGGCCACAUCAGCAGGGACUCGCCGGGCAAGGAGCAGAAGUACAUGCUGGGGACGGAUUACCAGCUCACGAUAAAGGCUUUAUGUGCCUCACUGUUGGACUCUAAUGUUCUGGUACAAAGAAACAAUCUGGAAAUUGUUCUCUUCUUCUUCCCGUUUUAUACCUGUCUGGAUUCCAGUGAGAGAGCCAUUCCCCUGCUCAGAUCUGACAUCGUGCGAAUUCUCUCAGCUGCCACCCAGACCCUGCUGAGAAGAGAUAUGUCUCUAAACAGAAGACUUUAUGCCUGGUUAUUAGGUUCAGAUAUCAAAGGAAAUACCAUUGUGCCGGAAUCCAAAAUCUCAAAUUCUUACGAAGACCAGUCCUUGUAUUUUUUUGAAAAAUAUUCCAAGGAUCUUUUAAUUGAGAGUCUGGCUGAACUGUUGCACCAGGACUUCUCAGAUGAUGACGCAGAGGAACGCCACCACGCAUACCUGAAGCCUUUCCGCAUCCUCGUCAGUCUGCUUGACAAGCCGGAAAUAGGGCCUCAAGUGGUUGGGAAUUUGUUUCUUGAAGUCAUCCGGGCCUUUUAUUCUUACUGCAGAGAUGCUCUCGCCUCCGAUCUUCAACUUAGCUACACUCAGAGUGGAAAUUCGCUGAUAAGUGCAAUGAAAACAAACAGAAAUGCCUCUGAGAUUGUGAAAACGGUGAACUUGCUGAUCACUUCCCUCAGCACAGACUUUCUCUGGGACUACAUGAUGAAGUGUUUUGAGGAUUGCUUUAGGCCAGCGAAGCAGAGUUCCACGGGUGGGAAGAGCACCACCCCUCCGCCCACGGUCUCGGAGCUCUGCACCCUCCUGGUGUUUCUUCUGGACGUCAUUCCCCUGGUGAGGCCUUUCGCUGUGAAGCGCUCGCUCAGAACUUACUCUGAGGUGCAAACCCAGUACCUCCCGCAGGUGCUGGGCUGCCUGGUGCAGCUUCUGGCUGAGGAAAUGGAGGCCUUAAGCUUACCUGAACUCACUCACGCCUUGAAGACGUGUUUCAAAGUGCUCAGCAAAGUCCAGAUGCCUCCUUCCUACCUAGACGCGGAGCCCCCAAGUGGAAACUCAAGUCCAGUAAAAGGUGAAAAUGGUGAGAUAAUUGUAGACACAAAGGCCGUGAUUCCAGGUGACGACGACGCUUCAUUUCCUCCACUUAAAUCUGAAGACAGUGGAAUCGGGCUCAGCGCAUCGUCGCCAGAGCUCUCUGAGCACCUGAGGGUCCCCAGAGUCCUCUCGGAGAAAGACGAUGUUUGGAAGAAGGGCGGUAUGCAGAGCACAUUGUUCUGCAUCCAAGAGCUGAUCACCCACUUCGCCCACAAGAACAUCUUCGGGGAACAACUCACAGCCUCCGGAGCGGAGGACAAGGCCGAAGAGUCUGCAGGGCAGAGGGACACGGGCGGGACGCGUGGCCGGGAGCUCAGCCAGCCCGACAGGGAGAACUCCUGGGACGCCAAGCCCAUCAGUGUGCCUCAGUUUAAACAGAUGCUCUCAGACUUGUUCACAGUUCGAGGGUCUCCAUUUAAGACAAAAACUGCAGAGUCGCCAUCGCCUCUGCCCAGCAGCUCUGGACAGAAGGAGGGAGGCUGGGCCGUGGACCAGGUGGUCAUUGGCAUUGGGAGCCCAGGGGAGGGCUGCAGAGAGGCCUUCGCUGCCGCCUGCCACCUGCUGCUGGAGUGUGCCACCUUCCCCGUCUACCUGUCCAAGGAGGAGACAGAGCAGCUCUGCGAAACACUCUUCCAGCUUCCCGGUGCCAGCAACUCCAGUUUUCCCUCGUGGCUGAAAUCCCUGAUGACCAUCUGCUGCUGCGUGACCGACUGCUACCUCCAGAACGUGGCCAUCUCCACUCUGCUGGAAGUGAUAAACCAUUCCCAGUCCCUAGCACUUGUCAUCGAAGACAAGAUGAAACGCUACAAAAGCUCUGGGUACAACCCAUUUUACGGCAAGCUGCAGAUGGUGACAGUUCCUCCCAUUGCACCAGGAAUACUAAAGGUCGUUGCGGAGAAAACAGACUUCUAUCAGAGGGUGGCUCGUGGGCUUUGGAAUCAGCUGAACAAGGAGACCCGGGAACAUCACAUCACCUGUGUGGAGUUAUUCUACCGGCUGCACUGCCUGGCCCCUACAGCCAACAUCUGUGAGGACAUCAUCUGCCACGCCCUCCUGGACCCUGACAAGGGAACAAGAUUGGAAGCUCUGUUUAGAUUUUCCGUCAUCUGGCACCUGACGCGAGAGAUCCAAGGCAGUCGAGUGACAUCUCACAAUCGUUCCUUCGAUAGGUCCCUGUUCGUUGUACUGGACAGCCUGACCUGCACGGACGGUGCCAUUGGCGCAGCUGCCCAGGGCUGGCUGGUGCGGGCACUCUCCCUUGGUGACGUGGCACGCAUCCUCGAACCUGUGCUCCUGCUCCUGCUCCAGCCCAAAACCCAGCGGACCUCCAUUCAGUGCCUCAAGCAGGAGAACUCGGCGGAAGACUUGCAUCGUUGGUUUAACAGGAAGAAAGCCUCUUUGCGAGAGGUGUAUGGAGUGCCUGGGCCUCAGGACGGCAGCCUGGAAGAAGGCACGCCUCUGAGCCAGUUCACCACUGUGGACCGUGAGGCCAUGUGGGCCGAGGUGGAGAAGGAACCAGAGAAGGGCCCCCGCCUGCCGGAGGAAGAUCUUCCCUACUGCGUGGACCUUCUGGACAGGACAGCCUGUGGUGCCACUGACAGCAGCGAGCACACUGAGUCUGCAGACACGAGCUCUGCCCACACGGACAGCGAGAACACCUCCUCCUUCUCCUCCCCUUCCCACGACCCACAGGAGCUGAGCAAUGAAGAGACCUGCUGCGCACCCAUCCCCACGGGCAGCAGGGUUUACGCCAAGCGCUCGGCCCUGCUGGCGGCCUUCCGGGCGGAAACCUACAAGCCCAGUGCCAAGCUAAGCCUGGCGCGCGUGGACUCGGACAAGACCCAGGCUUCGGAGUCCUUCUCCAGUGACGAGGAGGCCGACCUGGAGCUGCAGGCCCUCACCACGUCCAGGCUGCUGAAGCAGCAGCGGGAAAGGCAGGAGAUGAUCGAGGCCUUGUUCAAGCACAUUCUGCUCUACCUGCAGCCUUACGACUCCCGGAGAGUCCUCUACGCCUUCUCAGUGUUAGAGGCCGUGCUCAAAACCAACCCCAAGGAGUUUAUCGAGGCGGUGUCCAGGACCAGCAUGGACACCAGCUCCACUGCACACCUCAACCUCAUCUCCAACCUCCUCGCUCGCCACCAGGAGGCUCUCGUUGGCCAGAGUUUCUACGGAAAACUCCAGACCCAGUCUCCCAACGUGUGCCCCCACUCGCUGCUGAUCGAGCUGCUCACCUACCUGUGCCUGAGCUUCCUGCGCAGCUAUUACCCUUGUUACUUAAAGGUCUCCCACCGAGACAUCCUGGGCAACCGGGACGUGCAGGUCAAGAGUGUGGAGGUUUUGAUUAGAAUAAUGACGCAGCUGGUCUCAGUGGCCAAGUCCGCAGAAGGGAAGAACGUGGAGUUCAUCUGCAGCUUACUGCAGAGGUGCAAAGUUCAGGAGUUCAUCCUGCUGUCGCUGUCAGCGUCCAUGCACACAAGCCAGAAACGGUACGGCCUGGCCACCUCGGAGCGGGGCCGGGCCCCACGAGAGGACAGCCUCUUUGAGGAGAGUCUCAUCCACCUGGGCCAGGACCAGAUCUGGAGUGAGCACCCCCUGCAGAUCGAGCUUCUGAAGCUCCUGCAGGUGCUGAUCGUCCUGGAGCAUCACCUGGGCCAGGUCCCGGAGGAGGCUGAGAACCAGCCGGACCUGUCCCGGGAGUGGCGGAGGGCCCUGGACUUCCAGCAGGCCAUUGGCGCCAUGCAGUACGUGCAGCCCCACCCGCUCACCUCCCAGGGGCUGCUGGUGUCCGCGGUGGUGCGCGGUCUGCAGCCCGCCUAUGGCUACGGCAUGCACCCGGCCUGGGUGAGCCUGGUCACGCAUUCCUUGCCGUACUUCGGAAAGUCCCUGGGCUGGACAGUGACACCCUUCAUUGUCCAGAUUUGCAAGAACUUGGACGAGCUGGUCAAACAAUAUGAAAGCGAGUCUGUGAAGCUCUCUGUCAGCACAACCUCCAAGAGAGAAAACAUUUCUCCGGACUAUCCACUAACUCUGUUGGAGGGUCUGACAACCAUUAGUCAUUUUUGUCUUUUGGAACAACCCAACCAAAAUAAAAAGGUAAUGUUUGUAAGUGAUCCCACCAAUUUAAAAAUGCUAAGAAUGCCAUUUCUGGAAGAGCUGCCUCGAAUCGUUAACAACAUGGCCCUUCUCUGGAAUGUUCUCAGAAAGGAGGAGGCGCAGAAGAGACCCGUGGACCUCCUUGGAGCCACAAAGGGAUCCUCUUCCGUUUACUUUAAACCACCAAGGUGAGAUCUUCCAACUAUACGACAAAAAAUUUUAGACUUCUUGAACCCUUUGACGGCCCAUCUCGGAGUUCAGUUAACAGCCGCUGUUGCAGCCGUGUGGGGCAGAAAAAAAGUUAAACGUCACAGUAAGAUGAAGAUUGUCCCGGCGGCAAGUGCGUCCCAGCUAACCCUCGUGGACCUGGUUUGUGCGCUCAGCGCCCUGCAGGUGGAUACGGUGCUGCAGCUGGUGAAGGAGGUGGUGAAGAGGCCGCCGCAGCUCCGAGGUGACGAGAAGUUGCCCCUUGUGGAUAUCCCUGUGUUGCAGUUUUGCUAUGCUUUCAUCCAAAGGCUCCCGGUAACAGCCUUGCAAGAGAACUUUCCUUCACUGCUGGGCGUGUUAAAGGAGUCCGUGCAGCUGAAUCUAGCCCCGCCCGGGUACUUCCUGCUUCUCAGCAUGCUGAAUGACUUUGUAACAAGGACCCCCAGCCUAGAGAGCAAGAAGGAUCAAAAAGACCUGCAGGAAGUCACUCAAAAACUCCUGGAAGCUGUGGGGAACAUUGCAGGCUCCUCCUUGGAGCAAACCAGCUGGCUAAGCAGAAACCUGGAAGUGAAAGCCCAGCCUCAGAUCUCUCUGGAAGAAUCUGAUGCUGAGGAAGAUUUGUACGAUGCUGCUGCUGCUGCUUCAACAAUGGUGUCUGCGUCUGCCCCCUCCGUGUACAGUGUGCAAGCGCUGUCUCUCCUGGCAGAGGUACUGGCGUCUCUCCUGGACAUGGUUUAUCGAAGUGAUGAGAAGGAGAAAGCGAUCCCCUUGAUCUCCCGUUUGCUUUAUUACGUUUUCCCUUACUUACGCAAUCACAGCGCCUACAACGCUCCCAGUUUCCGGGCCGGCGCUCAGCUGCUGAGCUCUCUGAGCGGUUAUGCCUACACGAAACGCGCCUGGAAGAAAGAAGUCCUGGAAUUAUUCUUGGACCCUGCUUUCUUUCAGAUGGACACUUCAUGUGUGCAUUGGAAGUCUAUUAUUGACCAUCUCCUGACUCAUGAGAAAACAAUGUUUAAAGAUUUAAUGAACAUGCAGAGCAGUUCUUUAAAACUGUUCUCAAGUUUUGAACAGAAAGCCAUGCUGCUCAAGCGCCAGGCUUUUGCUGUCUUCAGUGGCGAACUUGACCAAUACCACCUGUACCUUCCUGUGAUACAAGAACGCCUGACAGACAACCUCAGAGUUGGACAGACAUCCAUGGUUGCUGCUCAGAUGUUCCUUUUUUUCAGAGUUUUGCUGCUAAGAAUAUCUCCCCAACAUUUGACUUCAUUGUGGCCAAUAAUGGUCUCUGAAUUAAUUCAGACAUUCAUACAGCUUGAAGAAGACCUGAAAGAGGAUGAUGAAUCAUUGAGAAGCAGCAACAAAAUCAACAGAAUGAAAGUUUCAGUUGGUGAUGGAAAUGGGCCCUUGAUGGGGGAGAUUGCCCAGAAUGAACUCAUCUUAUAUUUAUCAGCUUGCAAAUUCUUGGACACAGCACUUUCUUUUCCACCUGACAAGAUGCCAUUAUUUCAAAUUUAUAGGUGGGCAUUUGUGCCAGAAGUGGACACAGAGGGGCCUGCCUUCCUAUCAGACCUAGAGGAAAAUCAUCAAGAAUGCAAACCCCACACUGUGAGGAUUCUAGACCUCCUAAAAUUAAAAUACGGGGAAAUUGGCUUCGAUGAGGUCACCCUGAAGAGCGAAUUCCCUCUUCUGCGCCAACAUUCUGUUUCCAGCAUUAGGCAAUUGAUGCCAUUCUUUAAGACUCUAAACUGUGCUUUUAAAACCCAAAAUACACUGCCUGCUGACACCCAAGGCCCUCCAUUCUUAGAGUUUCCUGUCACAGAUAGCUCCAGGGUCUUGAAACAACUAGAGGAAUGUGUUGAAUAUGACUUUUUGGAACAUCUGGAAUGUUAACCGUUUAAGACAAUUUAUUUAAUCCAUUCACUGAUACUUCAGCAGAAACUGGGGUAUAUUCCAAACAAGAAGGAAGCGAGGAUAGUGCUUUUGAAAACAAGUCUAUUUCAAUUUUGAAAGUAGAUUUCAGAUAACUUUCUGUUGGGCAACAAAACACACCUCCCUAAAUGCCUUGUAAUAUAUUUGGACCUGAUUGUAUGUUUCUUCCUCAAUUUAUGUAAAGAAAAUAAAGUUAAUAUAUCAUCUAACGGUAGCACAAAGUUUGUAAUGUGAA